UUUCGUUCCUGCCGUUUAUGUUUUUAUUUUCUCCUUGAAUUUUUUUGAGGGCGUUGAUUUGUUGAAAGGAACCCAGCAGGUGACUGGAGUUGUUUUGAGUUUGCACUGCAAAGUAUUGCCUGGUUUCGAUAUCGUUUUCUUUAAAAAGGGAUUGUUUAUAGUUUUGAAUACUUUUAAAAAGUCCAUUUCAAAACUUUUUUUCGAAUUAAUUCGAGUCUUACCAAUGUGAUUUGUUUAACCACUUGAAGUCUGCAUCUGUAUGCUGCGCCAAGAUUAGGGGAGAAAAGGACGUAACACAUUAAAGCGUAGCAAAUGCGUGUAAUUACCUUUUAAAACACACAGAUAAUGCUGGGAAUACUCAACAAGUCCGUUCCCACAAAAGUGGGAAGAAAAAUUAACAGAGCUUCUAUCCUUCUCAGAACUCGCAGUCUCCAAGAUGCCUUGUAUGCGGAACGGAUGUUUAGGUCCAAUUUUUGAAAGGGUCGCCUUUUGGGGUUUGUCGACCGCAGAAGUGACCAAUUUAUUUUUGCUUCGAUUCAUUGGCCCUUCUGAAAUACAUUUGUGGAUAACUGCGGUUUUAAUUUACGUUCAUCGACUCCAGUUUGGACCAGUGUAAGAAAAGUUUUCUUACAUCUAAUUCAGCUACCUCCCUUUGACUUUUAAUACGCCAACCUGAGGGAGGGUACCUUGCCUUGAUGCGUUUUGGAAGAACAAAUCCACUGUACUUCCUCCUACUUUGCUUUUAAACCGGGUGCGGUUUGAAGUUUCUUCCUGUAUCCUACACCUGCAGACAAGAUGUCUCCAAGUUCGCUGGGCAAGGUCGCCCGUUCGCCCAUCGCCUAUCGUUGGCCUUGCAGCUGGGGGAGAGAGAUGGAGCUGCCCCGGAGCUCAGCUCAUUACCAGUCUGUUAAACUCUGCGGAUUUUGCAUCCCCUGCAGAACUAAGAAGACCGAACCAGCGGCCUCCUUCUAAUCAUUUUCAGAAAUGCAUUUGAAAGCGCAUUGAAAACAAGACGACAUUCUUUAUUUGACCAUGGCCGUUUCGGCACGGUAAUGAUUAUUGCUGUUGUCUGAAGUAGUGUACUGAGUUGCUAGACUUGGUCAGGUUACCGUAUUGAGCGGUGAUUGAGAUUGAAUCCCUGCUAUCCAGUCUUUCAACUGUGCACAAAGACUCUCUGAAACAUUGUCAACUUAUUGAAAUGCUAUACUCAAGGCUCCUGAGCCGAUUACGUUGCACUUUACGUCCGUAAACAACCAAAUAAACUGAACCGCAUUAACUCCUCGCGACUUGCUUGAAUGUUUAAAACCCCAAGUUUAAAAUAAACACUCUGCAAGAUUUCUGACAGACAGCGUCUGCCCACUCGCCGCCAUCCAUGAAUCGCAGAACACUCGUCUGAUGCGACUCUGUUUACCAGUCAGAGAUACUUCGAGUUCAACUAAUGAAAGAACAUCAUCGCUUUGCUUCCUUGCGCACCUUGCGACUCUUCCUCCCCUGGAGGCCAGAGCGUCUGUCACUGUUCCACCUACAUUAGUUCGCCAUUGAAACCCCAUAUGUUUUACACGGACAUUUCUCACCGGCGCCUCUUAACAUGCAGCAGACUUUAAAGCGCUUUCAGCGUGACAUGUUGUGCCUUCUGGGUUUGGACUCACAAUGGAUCGCCAGUCUCGACUUCUGUAAAGCUGAAGACAAAUGCCCAUUAAUUGGCGUGAAGGUCUGAAGAGUGAGCAUUGGCUUCAGAAGAUUCUCAGUAUACUGCGAAGAGUCUCUGUGCAGCCCAAUGUGGAGUUUACUCCCUACUACCUCCGCUGGUGUAAUAAAUCCAGACUGAAGUCUUCCGUUAUGGCUACAUUAUGCCUGGGGCUUUUUCUGUUCCUGUUCCAUCCAGCGGUUGUGCCUCCUAGGCCGGCGUUUGAUUUUAAUCGCGAACUCGACUCCCAAUCCCCAAACUACGUUUUCCAAAGUCAUAGCAUCUUUCAGCCAACUGGAUUUCCCAAUGGUACCAUUCAGCGACUCCCCCAGACCGUUAUCAUCGGUGUGCGGAAAGGUGGUACCCGGGCGUUGUUGGAAAUGUUGAACCUCCAUCCGGAGGUCACCGCCGCCCAAAGUGAGAUCCAUUUCUUCGACUGGGAAGGGAAUUACCAGAAGGGUCUCCAGUGGUAUAGCAGUCAAAUGCCAUUCUCCUACCCUAACCAGACCACGGUCGAAAAGACACCGGCCUAUUUCACUUCACCCAAAGUGCCUGAAAGAAUCUACAACAUGAACCCAUCUAUUCGGCUCCUGCUCAUACUGCGGGAUCCGUCGGAGAGGGUUAUAUCGGACUACACUCAGAUAUUACACAACCGGAUGCAAAAGCACAAGCCGAUUAAACCGGUGGAGGAGUUGCUGAUUAGAGAUGGCCAGAUCAACGUUGACUACAAGGCAAUUGACCGCAGCUUGUAUUAUAUCCAUAUGCAAAACUGGCUGAAAUAUUUCCCCCUCAGCCAGAUACACAUCGUGGACGGCGACAAGUUGAUCAGAAAUCCUUUUCCUGAAUUGGAAAAAGUGGAGAAAUUCCUGAGACUCUCCCCGCGGAUUAAUAUGUCCAAUUUUUACUUCAACAAAACGAAAGGAUUUUACUGCCUCCGAGACGGUGAGAAGGAAAAGUGUUUGCACGAGUCGAAAGGGAGAACCCAUCCGCAAGUAGACCCUGUUGUGCUCAAUAAGUUGCACGCCUUCUUCAGUGAACCGAAUCAGAAAUUCUUCAACUUGGUUGGCAGGACAUUCGAUUGGCACUGAAUUAAUGCGUGCACAGAUUCUUUUUCUAAAAUGAAUUAUAUAUAUAUAAUGUACAAAAUUAUACUGAAAUGGUAAUUUAAGUGGGUUUCCUUAGAAUAAGUAACAAUACCUGUAAGUAUGUCGAUCUUCAUUCAGAGCUAGCUAUAUUUUUCUACAUUGUCGCAACAAUGCUCCAAUUUCCGACGUGAGUUACUUUUGUUUUCUCAGUUGACUAACAGAACUCUAACAGAGAUAUCAGUAUGUUUAGUGAAAGUUGGGGUAAUGAUGAAGAAUUCAGGAUAAUCUGAUCUAUAUUUCGUGAAAAGAUACAGAGCAAUAUUCUUUGGUGUUUAGGAGAAUCUGGGGUGAUCUUAGUGAAACAUCAGCUCAAUUGGGCCCAUGACAGGGUAGAUGUGGAGAUGUUUCCAGGAGUGGGAAUCUCUGGAAGCAGGAGAGAUAGUUACAGCAGUAGAGGAUUGUCAUUUAGGCAGCUGAGGGCUAUAGGGAACUGGCACAGCAGAGGAGAUGAAGUCUAGCACAGAUGAGCCAUGAUCAUAGGAAUGAUAGAGCAGGCUUGAGGAGCUGACUGGCCUACUCCUGUUCCUAUUUUCUUUGAAAAAAGCCCCGACCAUGGUGUGUAAUAUUGCAAUACUAUAAAUAUAAAUAUAUAUACUCCAUGUUUAUACUUUGCAAAUAUAUCUGUAUCCCCAAAGAGUGCAAUAUUUGAUUGAGUUAUGUUAUUCACAAAGUGUUGCACAAUUGCUGCUAUUGUUUGUGGCAUUAAGCACUUCCUACAACUGGACAGUAACACGUUCGGAUGGCAAGAGUGUGACAAGUACACUAAUAAACUGAGAGCGCCAUUUAUAUAUUUGCUACUAGUCCCCACAAUGUUUCCAUUUUAUUUUAUUUUUAUUUAUUUUCUGCAGGAAGGGGAUAAAUAUAUGAAAGUUUUGUAUUGAAUAUUCAUGUUAUCUUGUUUUUGGAUACUGUCAGUUUUUGUAAACUACGGAUUUUUCUGCUAAUAUUGUACUAACUAGAACUUAUGCUAUGAAAUAAAGCAGCAGUGUUUGUUA